AUCAAUUACCUUCAGAUGCGAUCGAUCAGCUCACGCGCAGAGAGCGGAGACUGUCACGCGCUGAUGUCAUCAUUCGCCGCAGGCCGCGCGCAGGUUACGGUCCAACAGGACGGCGAGCAGCAGAACCGGUCCGCUUUCAGGGGGAGGCAACGGCUCCGGUGGACGGGCUGCGGCUCCGGCUGUCGGUCAGAGCGGCUCCGUGAGUCUCGGUUGUCUCCUGUCCGUCCCUCCUGCUGCGUGUCGUGGAUGGAAGUGUGUCGCUCAGCCAUGGGACCAGAGAGGAUCUUGCCGAGCUCUGAGGAUGAGCUGGGGGAGGACGAGCGUCCAGCAGACGGAGCUGGCCUUCCUGCCGGGGCGGUGUGGGUCGGGGGGGAGGAUAUGGGAGACAUGGAGCUAGAUGGAGAGGAAGAGGAGGAGGAGGAAGAGGGGGGCAAUGGGGGGUAUUAUUAUCAGCCUCUGAACCAGGACCCAGAGGGGCUAAACAGCAGCGAGCAGCCAGAGGACGAGGACAGGGGGGACAUGUCUCACUCAGAGCAGCUGCAGCAGGUGGAGCGCAGGAUAGAGGUGAUGGGUCUGCACCUCCCUGAAGCUCCGCCUCCACACAGCGACGAGGAGGAGGACCCUGAGGCAGCGGCGGCACAGAGGAGCCGAGCCUCCAUCCCCAUGGACGCAGGUGAGCUGACCCCAUGACCACAGCUUAUCCAA